ACGUCGUAGUUUUGUUCCAGUCGGGUGUAGUGGUGUGCUGCUCAAUUGCGAUUUCUGCCAAAAAUGGCUCCCUCAUCUGCUGGUGAUGAAACUACUCCGGAAGUAAUUGCUUCUCCCUCAUCAUCAUCAUCAUCAUCUUCUUCUUCUUCUUCUUCACUGGAUAUUUGGAAGAAUAGGAUCAUUAUACCGACUCUCGUCGCAGGGAUUGGUGGUGGAGGAGUAGGAUUAAUAUCUAAGCAUCGGAAAGUCCAUGGCGUCGCCAAGAUGUCUGCUACUUACGCAGCUAACUUCGCCAUCGUCACCGGUUGUUACUGCGGUGCAAGGGAAUUUAUAAGAGUGAGUCGAACUGGUAAGCCUGAUGAUUUAUUCAACUCAUUGAUUGGAGGCUUCGGAAGUGGUGCCAUCCUAGGACGCCUUCAAGGUGGUCCAGUUGCUGCUGCCCGAUAUUCAGUCAUCUUUGCUGUUGUUGGAACAACAGUUGAUUAUGCUGCUCUUAAGAUAAAACCUCUGUUGAGAAACUUCUACAACUCUCUGGUUGGUGACAGUGAUAAGAGUCAGCAAUGGUUGAAAUUGCCAGAAUGGUCACCGAUCCAAGUACUUGAUGAGGAAGCUCUUGCUGCAAAACGUGCAAGGGAAGAACAAAUCUAUAGAAGUGUCCACAAUCUGAAGAAGGAAGAAACUUGAGAAAUUUCUUCAUCAACUCUUGGUUUCUCUUGUUCUUUUGGUUUCCUUUUUCUUAAGCUAUUAUCUCAUUUUGUAGUGGGCAUUACAUAAAAUAAUAGUAAUAAUAGUUCUCUCAACGAAAUUUGUUCUUUUUGUGGUCAUUGACCUCACUAGUUUUGAAGUCUUUGCUUAGGGAUUAAUGAUAAUACUUUCUGAUAUUCUUCCA